CACAAACAACACGCAUUCUGCUCACGUCACAACUAUAAGUCGACCAAUAUGUGGUGUGCUGCUAUAAUUAUCUCACGUUCUCCGGGAUCCCUUUCAGACCCCUCCAGCCAAUUACAAUGUCACGUGACUUUGGUCUGAAUGGCGUCCUUGGUACUAUCAGUCGUGUAGCGCAGUGUAUCGUUAGGGUUUAAUACAGAACAUACUAGCGAUUCAGAAGUCAACAUAUAGUAUUAUAGCUCGUGUGUGUGUGAGUGAUACGCAACCGGCAUGUCAUUGUUUAUUAGGCCUAUAUCCUAUAUAUAAGUGUAACCAUGUGAUAGUUAAGUAAUGGUAUUAGUAAUCAGAAAUCGAAUUAUAUUGGCUAACAUGCGCCUUAUCUGUCGGUGUUAUUACAUAUUAACCGGUGUAUAUAGUAGGAUGUGAGUGGACUCCGUAUACACGAAGUAAUAUUUUCAUAACGGAUUCAAAGAUCGUGGGAAAGCAAUUUAUUUUAAUACUAUUUCAUUUUUUUAUUAUUAUUAUUACUAUUCGUUUAUCAUUCAAUUUAACAUUGAGUGAACGGUGGGAUACAACCAUACAAUGAUGAUGAGUUCGACUGUUAUACGUUUAUCGAAAGUUUUGAUCGGAGUCGGAGUUGGUGUUCUGUUAUUGUGUGUUUUAGCCGUUUCGGCCACAGUGACGGACAGAUUAUUGACAUUACCUUUAAUUGAGGUGGGAGGACUUUGGCUAAAGGCCGUUACGACAAUUAUGAAUAGAACUUUAGCAAUUUUCACGACGAUGCCCGAUUGGUAUUCCUGGACCACCUAUGUGUACCUGCUGGCGGCGGCUUUGAUCUGCUACGGGAUAUAUAUUGUAUUUUUCACACCUUUGAAUCGAAUUAGGAAAUUAUGUGAUGUGGGGUAUUUAACGGAAGGUGAUUUAUCCAAGAAAGAAAUAGCUAACAAUGUAAUGAAAAGACGCAUGGUUGGUGAUAUACCCCCCGUUUACCCUAAUGGCUGGUUUGGCCUAAUUGAAUCUUUCAGAUUAAAAAGAGGAGAAGUGAAAAGUAUCGACUUGUUAGGUUUAAAUUUAGCUGUAUUUCGUGAUGAAAAGGGCGAGGUUCAUGCUCUUGAUGCCUAUUGUCCACAUAUGGGAGCUAACUUCGCUGCUGGUGGAAGAGUUAUUGGUGAUGGUAUAGAAUGUCCAUUUCAUGCCUGGCGAUUUCGAGGAGAAGAUGGGAAAUGUACCCACAUUCCUUACUGUCAAAAAAUUCCGGAAAUAGCUAAAGUCAAAUCGUGGCCAAUUCUGGAACUAAAUGGGUGGAUAUAUUUAUGGCACCACGCUGAAGGCAUUGAUCCAACGUGGCUACCACCGGAACUUGAAGACAUAGCUAACGGCACCUGGACGUAUAGAGGAAGAACCGAACAUCUUGUUAAUUCUCAUAUAGAGGAAAUCCCACAAAAUGGCGCCGAUGUCGUUCACUUAGCGCACGUUCAUGGACCCUUGUUAGGGGCCGGUGUCGAUUUACGGUACAUGUGGAGUAAAGUUUGGGGCUUCGGACAUCAUGAGUGGCAAGCCGAAUGGGAACCUCAAUCGGCACCAAAUGAACAUAUUGGAGUCAUGCGACUAGGUCACAGUAUUCAAUGUUUUGGAAAUCUCUUCUCCAUAAUAGGAAUGAAUGUUACGGCCAGACAGAUAGGUCCAGGUAUUGUAUAUAUGGAGUUCACCAGUUCAUUCUGUAAAGGUGUAUAUAUACAGAGUUUAACACCUGUUGAACCACUUCUACAGAAACUCGUACAUAAUGUCUAUGUUCAUUGGACUAUACCGACAUUUAUUGGAAAGUUUUUCUUAUGGGGAGAAGCCGUACAGGUUGAGAGGGACAUUAUGAUAUGGAAUAACAAACGUUAUGAAAGUAAACCUUUAUUAGUGAAAUCCUCUGAAGACAGCCUCACAGCCAGGCAUAAAAGAUGGUUCUCACAGUUUUAUUCUAAAAAUAGUAAGAGGUUUACAUUCCAAAGGGACAAGCUAGAUUGGUAGUGGUAAUUUAUAAAACAAAUGACCGCAUAUACGCGGUACCCUUACAAAGAUGUGUGAUAUGAACAAAAAGCGUUAUAAAAAAAACCUGUCAAACAGAGAUAUAAAGCCAUUGACGUUAUAAGCGUCAUAUAUGUGACGUUUUCAGAUGUAUGACGUGUUAUAAAGCCAUUGACGUUAUAAGCAUCACAUACGUUAACCAUAUUUGACGUUUUCAGUAUAUGUCUAACGUGUUAUAAAGCUAUUGACGUUAUAAGCGUCACAUACGUUAACCGUGUGACGUUUUCAAUAUGCCUGACGUGUUAUAAUGCCAUUGACGUUAGAAGCGUCAUAUACGUUAACCAUAAUGGUUAUAAUAGACGUUUUGGGUAUAUGCCUGGUGUGUUAUAUAUAAAUUUUCUGUGUGCGAAAGAGCAAGAUAUAUUUCCGAUUAUUGUUUUGUUCCAAAUGCGCAUGUGUUGAUACUUUCAAAAUGUGAAUAUUUUUUGCUAAAAAGUUCUGCUAUGCUUAGUUUUAUUGUAUAUACUAAAUCUUCCGCUAAUGUCAAUAAAGCCAAUCCCACACUAAUCGAUUUUUGUCGGAUUGCUUAGAUUGUUUGAUUGGGCUUCAAAUCCUAAUUUCUCCGUCACGUAUUAAUCAGUAUUUUCUUUUUACAUGCAAUUAAGCUGAUAUUUAUAUUACAUGCUAAACUUCCGCUUAUUGCAAUAAAGGCAACCCCACACUAAACGAUUUUUGUCGGAUUGCACAGAUUAUAUGAUUAGGCUUUAUUUUUUAUCGUCAAAUUCUAAAUUCAUCGUCACGCAUUAUUCAGUGUUUCGAUUGUCUACCACAGUGGUUCUCAACCUUUUUUUUUAGCCAACGGCACACCUUGGAACGCAUGAAACAAUAGCGGCACACCUGGCUAAAAAUAUAUGAAAACUAUUUGAAUUUUACAAAAUAAAAACAUGGUAAGUCCGACGGAAUACAACCGUAGACACAGACUAGUCAUAGACACAUAGAAUGACACAAACUAAAUAAAGAAAAACACAGCUAUGAAAUUAUCAGUAGACACCAGUGAAUACUCAUUUGGGAUCACGUGGUUUUUUUUUCACAUUUUCUUAGUGUGCCGUUCAAAAUUUCGCGGCACACUUAGGAAGAUCUCAUGGCACACCUGUGUGCCGCGGCACACUGGUUGAGAAUCACUGGUCUACCACAACAGCGGAAAUAUCACGUGAAAAAAAAAAGAUCGUGUACAUGUAGUGUGUGCGGUGUAUUGUAGCUCAUAAUCAUUGUCGUCGUUACUCUUUGGAUAAUGUAAAUGAAUUCCGAUUAACAAUGAAUUCCAUACUGUAUUCAUUAAUUGUGGCUUCCAAUAAUUAUUUAAACCUAAAGGGUUCACAGCAGAAUUUCUUUUAUGUUUUAAGUUGUAUAGUGUAUCUAUUCUUCAAGUUCAAAGGGGAGUAACCCAGUGACGUAAAUAUAAGAAUAUAUUUAUUUUCUAGAUACUGUGUUAAAUAUUAUACCUAUGUUAAAGAUACAUUAUGUAAGAUUUAAAUCUGCCUAUUUCUGGCCUUUUUUGGCUUCAAAUGUUAUAUAUAUUAAUAAUAUUUAGACAUUUUAUUCACAUUCACAUGCAAUCUUCUAGGCCAUCAGAUGGCAAUGCUAUAUUGAAUGGGUUAAAACCCAAUCGCUAUUUAAUAAUUUAACGUUAAAAUGGAUAAUCGCGAUGUUUGUUAUCGUAGCAAUAUAUGUUACUUGACAAUCGAGACUAUAUUUUGAAAAAAAUCAACCACUCAUAACUUCGCACAGAAUGAAGUAAUUUUACCGAAAUUAUCAAUAUAUUCAUUUUUCAUUAUCAACUGUUAUAGUAAGAACGGCCAGUUCUUUAUCCAACUCUUACAUAAUGUAUCUUUACAUAUAUACUGACGUUUAAUAUUAAACAGAUAAUAAGAAGUAUUUUUGUGAUUGUCUUCAAAAUGGAUGUUAAUAAUAGUAUGGCUAGAAUAUAAAACAGCUGAUAUUUAAAAAAUGUUAUUUUUACGUGAUUAUACUGAGAGUAUGUUUUUUAUCUUUUAAUAUUUCACGUAAUUAAAAAUGCGACGUUUCGACAUUACAUAUAGUGAAUGAAAAACAUGUAGUCUUUCGGUCUAUUUACAUGUGCAAGAAAAUGGCCCAUUUAUAAAACGCAGACCAUGGAUCAUUUAGGGUUUAUUUUUGAUACGAUUCUGAUGCUUUGUUAAUGAAUUUAUAUUUCUAUUCCUGUAUGUAUCUUGUAAAUUUAUAUGUUCGAUACUAAGAAAGGGUUCGUAGGGUAAUGAACAGUGCCCCUUUUAGACUGUGGUUAUUGUUGUAUUUUGAAUAUAGUUAUGUAUGGAAGAUAGUUCCAAUUUCUGAUAAGCAUCAAACGACAGUCGUAUUAUUGUGGUUUUCAUAAAGCGUUACAAUACACUAUAACACAUACUUGUCGACAAUAGCUACUAUUGUAUUUGGUCAACGUUUCGAAGAGUAUUGUCUCAACAAACUUCAUAACGUAGAAGACAUAAUUUAAUUAAAGAUUAUAUAUAUAACAAUUUCGUUUCGUUUAUUUUAUUAUGACGUGCUGAUAUCAAAAAUAAAACGAAACGCAAUUUACAUAGUAUUGUGAUCAGAUUGAUAUAGAGAGUGCUUGUAUACUGUUUCCAAGCACCUGUUUACAUUUAUAAUAAACCGUUUCUACUUAAUAUUUUUAGAGUUUUUUUUUCUGUAUAUAUAAAGGUUGUUAUACUGUUGUUAUUGGUUAUUGAUUGAUUUGUGUAAUGUUUAAUUAUUUCACCUUCUUUAAGUGUAUUUGCUUUUAUUAUUUGAGAUAUUCGUCCAUACCAUCUUCCAGUUAAGUAUUUCAUGAUAUUGAUUUAUCAACAAGGCACAAUAAGAGUAUAUGCUCAAACAAGAUCCCGGGGUGGUUGGGAUUAUCGAGACAAAAUGGGUAAAUUUGAUAGGCGCCAUUUUAGGUAUAGCAACUUUAAAGGGUGUGUAGCUCUAUUUUUUUAAACCUUGAAAUAGACAUAAAUGGUUAUAAAAGCACAUAUUAAUGUAAUAUGAAUGUAUGUAAAGAGAUUUAUAUUCAAUUUUUGAAAGAAAUAUUGUAAUUUCUAAUCAAUUACGUUCGGUGAAAUACGUGAACAGUUCAAAUUGAACGGCAGUCGUUUACGCCUGCUUACUACAUUCUACACGUUUUUUAAAUUAUUAUUUUGUCGUUUGUGAAUCAGCCUUUACUAAUUACCUUCACAUUGUGUUGUAGGAUAUGUUUUUAUUUGUUCAUUUACAAAUGGCACACGAAGCCAUAGAAUGCACGACUCGUGUACUGAUUAUAAAAUGUUAAUUGUGUCUUAAAUAUUGGAUAAUAGGAUCCUAUAGUUUCACAGCACGAUAACAACAUCAAUAUUGAUAGAAAUUGAUCAAUACUGAAUUUUAAUUCGUGUUUUUAAUUUCGAAUAUUAAAGAAAAUAUAAUAUAUUGAUUUUUUUAGCUCUACUGUUAUUUAAAACAAUUAAAGGCAAUCGUUAUUGUGCUAAAAUCUGUUAUUACUGUGUUUGUAUUCUCUUUUGAUCAAAUUGAGUUAGAGACUUAACUCCUUUAAAUAGACUUACCUCCCUUGGAAGAUGGUUCUCUUGUUAAAACUUACAUAUUGACGAGAAUAGAUAGUUUAAAUAUUAGAUUGUAAUUAUUUUUAUGUAAAGUGUUUACUACAUUUAAUCAAAUUGAGUUAGAGACUUUUAAAUAGACUUACCUCCCUUGGUAGAUGGUUCUAUUGUAAAAACUUACAUAUUGACGAGAAUAUUAGAUUGUAAUUAUUUUAUGUAGAGUGUUUUACUAUUUAUGUGAAAAUGAUGAAAUAUUUGUAUAAAGUAUGUAUGUAAAUUAUUUUGGAAUAAUUGUUAAUAUUUUGUAGAGACAUAUAUGGCACUGAUCUACAACAAUUAAAUCUGAUAAAGACUUCA